AUGAGGGUUACCGCUUUGACUACGUUAAUAACGUGGAUCGGUACAGUGAACGCAGCGCUGUCCGCAACAGGCAACAUCACACUCUUUUCCGACACAAGCUGCGCGGAUCCAGUCUAUGUAAACUCCUGGAUUGUAGGCCGCGACAAUUGCGCGGUCGCGGAUGGCGGAUCCCAGCCCUACUCUGGGCAGUUCCUGUCCUUUGUGCUGAACGAGCGGCCCUGGUGCGUCAACGGCUCGCGCCCUUACCUGAACAUCUACCGCGACGCCGCGUGCACGUCGCUGCUCGUCUCGUUCGCGCCCGGCCCGCUGUACAACCCGACCGGCCCCGAUGCCGACGGCACCUGCGUCGCGCCCGGGGCCGACUACAAGGCGCUGGCCUUCAUCUGCGAUGGACUCCGUGGCGCGGCGGAUAGCGGGUUCUCCCCGCGCCCGUCGGGUGGGCAAGAUGCUUCUUCUUCAUCGCUACCAACCAGCACCUCGGAUCGGCCGGCGCUGAACACGCAGACCUCGCGCACCGAGCCUGGGUUUUCGCAGGCGACUGAGACCGUAGGGACAACCACCCCUGCCUCUGGAACAGCCUCGACGACGGGCACUGCAGGGUCGUCUAUCACUGCCACAGCUUCGGACGCAUCGUCCUCAAGCACUCCUCCAGCAUCGACCGCCGGCGCGGCGACGCCUAUCACGCUAGGAGGGCGCAUGUUAGUAGCCAUUCUCCCGGCAGCCUUCCUCCUAGUGUAA